AUGCCGGGAAAAAUAAAAGUAAAGAUAUUAGCAGGAAGAAAUUUGCCUGUGAUGGACCGAUCAGGCGACACAACGGAUGCUUACGUUGAAAUAAAAUUUGGAAAUACGACCUACAAGACUGAUGUAUGCAGAAAAUCAUUGAAUCCUCAGUGGAACACCGAGUGGUACAGGUUUGAAGUUGAUGAUGCUGAGCUGCAAGAUGAACCGCUGCAAAUAAAGCUUAUGGAUCAUGAUACUUACUCGGCUAAUGAUUCUAUUGGCAGAGUUUAUCUCAAUUUAAAUCCUUUACUGCUACCAGGUCAUCCGUUGACUAUUAAAAAUAUAUGGACAUUGGAAGCUACUAUGAAUACUAGCGCUGGUGCUCAAGGAGGCUCUGUUAUGACUGGCUGGAUACCUGUUUAUGAUACGAUGCACGGUAUUAGAGGAGAAGUUAAUAUCAUCGUAAAAGUCGAGUUAUUUUCAGACUUUAAUAAAUUCAAACAGUCGUCUUGUGGAAUUCAGUUCUUUUAUUCGCCAAAUGUACCUCACGGAUAUCAUGCCCAAGUAAUUCAUGGCUUUGUAGAAGAAUUAGUGGUCUCAGAUGACCCGGAAUAUAAAUGGAUUGACAAAAUUCGUACUCCUCGGGCAUCAAAUGAAGCAAGACAGACAUUGUUCUUUAAACUUAGCGGUGAAGUUCAAAGAAAAAUUGGUUUAAAAGCCAUGGAUCUAGGUGGAAAUGCUGUAAUUGGAUAUGUGCAGAAUUUUGAUUUGGAAGGCGAGUCUGGAAUCGUUGCUCGUGGUAUUGGAACAGCAGUUACAAUUAUUAAGCUUCAGGAUCUUACUCAGUCAUUAAUUGAAACUCCUGUUAUCGACGACCUCGCGUGUGUGCACCUAAAAAAUCACAUAGAAUUAUCUGAGAGUGACGAUAGUUUGCCACUACUUUCUUCCUCGCCAAAUCGUAGCCCCAUAAAUCCUUUACAUUUCCCAAACGUAAAACUCCAGAUGACUCAAGUGGGUAAUAAAUUUCCAAAAAGUGGUCAAGAGCGAGAAAGAUUAUCAACUUAUCCACGUCAAUCUGUUAAAGUUCAAGAAUUCAAAGCAAUCGCUAUGAAAGCACGUCAAUUGUCUUUGCAACACAGCCCAGUACCGAGUGUACGUAAAUGUAGCACCACUUCAUCAACUCAAUCGAUAUCCGAUGACUUGAUUACCGAGUCAUCGGUCAAAAUGAUGUUAGCGUUAGAAGAUAUGCGCGGUGAAAGCACGUCAGUAUUUUCACGCGGCUUAAAAAAUCUUAAAUACCUACCUAAGCGAGUAAUACAAAUGAAGAGCAAGCUGUCAGAUUCUCUUGACGAUGAAAGUGAUCAAGACAGUACUUACUCUAGCAAUUGGUCUGUUGUCGGGUCUGAUUCAGGAAGAUCUUCAAUCACUGACUUCAGACAGUCAAUGAGACGUAAAAAGUUUACCCAUAAAAAAAAUCUUUCCGAAGGUAGCAUGGCUGCUAUGCUAAUUCGAUCUGUUCAUACGGGGUUUCUUGAUAGUGUUAGAGAAGAUCAUGAGACUCCUGCUCCAUCACCAGUUAAUUUACUGACUAAAGAUAAUGAACAUUCUAGUGAGCUUUUGGACAGUCCAGAUGAAGCUGUACUUGAGUUGAAAUCAAUCAAGGAAGAAAUAAUUAAACUUACAGUUGAAAGCGAGUUCAAUAAAGCGAAGAAGAAGAAAUCUUUUAAAUAUAAAAAACGUAGACCUAUGAUUUCAUCUUCUGAAACAGAUACUUCGACUUCAGAUGAUGAUGAUCCAUCGGAAUCUAGUACUAAUUACAACAUUCUUGAUGACUCGUCUGUUGCUGAAACUAUUGAACUCAAAGAUAUGGAAAUUGAGCAGGAUAAUUUAAAAAUUAAUGAAAUUGAGUUGUUUGAUUUUGGUGUUAAGAUUUUGAAAGAAAAUUCUAGUAAAGAAAAAGACGAGAUUAUAAAUAUUGUAAGUGGUGCAAAUCUUAAAAACUUGGAUAAAGUACAUCAAGAUUCUUUGCCAGAAGGUUUGAUUCUUGACCUCGAUGGAACUAAUGACACAUCUAUUUCUUCAGUCCCGUCAACUCCUGAAAAAGAUGUUGAAAUUUCACCCGAGGAUACGGUACUGAAAAGAGAACCCACUCCGACGAAUUUAAAAACUUCUUCAAGUUUUAAAUUGAAACUUGUCGGCAAGCAAAGUCAUUUUGACGCUUCGGAGGAAGGUGUAUUGAUUUCUACGGGAAGAAAUGAUAAAAAUGAUUCAGUUUUAAGCGAAUCUAUUUUACCAGUUCCUGAAUUAUUCGCAUCAGUUGAACCUUAUAUGGAAAAUUUAUUACAACCGCUGAUAGAAUCAAAUUUAGACAGUGAUGCAGGUUGUUCUUUUGAGACUUCAGUGGAAUUGAUGGAUAAAAAUAAUGAUAAUGAAGAAGUUUCUAACCCUUCUGAGAAAACUAUUGUUAUUGAUAUGCCAAAUGAACCAGAAGUUUUAUCAAUUUCCGAAAUUAAUUCUGAUUUUGAAGCAAAACUAGAUAAAGCCAGUAAUUUUGAAUCGGGACAUAAAGAAGGGAUAGAUGAUUCUAAUAUUAAGCUGAAGGAAAAUAUAGUUAAUCCUGAGUUCAAACUUGAAGAAGAAACAACUCAGAAUAAUUUAGAAUUUAAAGUAAAAAAAGACUUAGAGUUUAAAUUUGAUAAAGAACUAGUCAGUCUUUCACCUCAACUUGAUAAUAAAAUAAUAAACCCAGUGCCUAAGUGUGAAGAAAUAAUAUUGGAUCCAUUACAAGGUCCUUUACCUUGCAAAAAAUAUUUAACCCAUUCAGAAUCAUUGGACUCUCAAAAUUCUGACGGAAAGAAAGAAAAAACAUCAAAAAAAGUCUCAAGAACAGACACUGUAAUCUACCGAGGCCCGCUGAGAGAAAAAGACAAGCCACAUGUGGAAGUUAAAUCUCAUGCAGAAAAACCAAAAAAACCUCUUCCUCCACCGCUCGUCCUAGCUCCACCAGUAAUAGUAUCAGAAUGCGACCCCAAAUUCCUUCAAGUGCCGAUGUUUGAUACCAAAGACAUAAAUGUUCGCAGUCCAUAUCCUUCUCCUCCAAUAUAUCCUUCAUAUCCCCAAGAACCUGUUUACAAAAUCGAGACUCAAAAUCCGGAAGCAUUUAUGGCGCAGUUCAAUGAAAAAUUCAAUCGAAAGUUUCGUCAGCAUGCAAUGCUGGACUUGAUGAAAUUAAUAGACACAAAAAUGAUGGUUCAUCGCCGAGAUUCGACCAAAAGUAAGAGACGUCGUCGAGACCGUGUUAAUUUCACGUCGACACCUUCGCCUGAUUCUUUACACCGAGGAAAACGUCGACACUCUUCGAGAUCACGAUCUCCUGAGUCGCAUCACCACCAUCAUCACCAUCACCACCACCACCAUCAUAACCACCACAGCCAUCAUAAUCACCACAGUCAUCACAAUCACUCGACUAAUCUUCAUGGCAGCCACUCGGGUGCUCAUAUAUCGUCAAUGUCGUCGCCUCCGUCGAGUCCUUCAGUAGUUUCGCUUAAAAAAACAGCCUCUUUUUAUGAGCUUCAUGACAAUAUGCCGCGUGUUAUCACUCCUCAUCCCUCAUUCGACACUAACAGCCACAGUAACAAUCAGCCGCCACGCACGUAUUCGAAAGAAAAAAUAAUACCGCAGACAAUUAUUGAAAAUUUAAAUGAACACCUUGAUGAAGAUUCGCAGAAGCUUAAAUAUAAAACAGCAGCUAAACAAUUGUCUGCAAGUAAUCAUGUUAAAAUAAUUGUUCCUAAUCCUAGUCAUAAUGAAACAGAAUCGAUACCAAUGAGCGUAAUUCCACCAAAAAUUCAGCAAUUAAAUGUUAAUGUUAAUGCUAAUACUAGUAAAUUAUUAAUCCCCGUGGAAUUAGAUCCAUCUGUGCAUAAAAGUCACAGCGAAGGUAGUUUAGGAAAGUUAAAUAAUAAAAAUCAUUCGGCUAAAACUAAAAUUACUAACAAUGCUAAUUUAACUGACCCGUGUGUGCCUUGCCCGCCUGUCUGUCUUAGACCACCUCAGCAGCAAAUUGAACCAGCGACAAGUCCAGUUCAUAAUUCAUCAGGACUACCAGGUUCUGUUGGAACAAAAGUAACCAAUUCACCGGCCAGUAAAGUUCCGCUGCAUCGCCGCUCUAGCGACUCUGAUCUCAGCAUCACACCCAAAGGUAAUUCAUUGGUCUGCAAUGAAAGAACUACUGUGCAUAUGAAACCCUCGACUGCAAUUGUCAGAACGAUGAACCAAGAUGCUUUGGAAAUGUUGGAAUAUCCAUUCAUUACUAUGCAACACUAUCCGCCAGGAUUUGUAUUAAAUUUAGGAGGAUUGGUCAGUUCAAGAUCUGUAAAAUUAAUUGAUAGAAUAAGUAAUCUUGAGGAGCCAGAAGGUCGUGACGCUUGGUGGACGGAAAUAAGAAUGGAAGUGAGAUCUCACGCGCGUGCUUUGGGCUGCAAUGUUGUUUUGGGUUACAAAGAAGAGAUUAGUAUAUGUGACGACGUGUGUGUCUUAAACGCUUCUGGAACGGCUGCAGUGAUAAAUUUGCUCAACACAAAUCAAGAUCAAGACGUUUUGCUCAAUAAAAAUCAGCAACCGAUCACAAACACCAAUGAAGGUGAUAAAAAUAUGCACAAAUCCAUAUCAACAAAUAAAAACGAAAAAAUAGACGACAACGCGAAUAACGGACAACUGAUACAAACAACAGGCCGUGUUAAGCGUACUUCCGAGAGCAAUGAUAAUGAAAUACCAUCUAUGCCGUUCAACACUGCUUGCAGUUUAUGUCAUUUGCCUUACAAUAGUCGCAGUGUUCCUCUCAAGGUUCAAAUGUCAAAGUGCGGUAUUUGUAAGCGCGCCAAAGUCCCCGAUGUAUUGUUUACGACAAUAGAACUUCCUGAGAAUAUACCAAUUACCGGAAGAGGAGUAUUUAUAGAGGCUACUGUUUGUAAAAUAAAACGGGAUGUAAGGGGCGAAUUGAAUGCUAAGGAAAUAUCAGACUGUUUGCCGUUUUUAGAGUAUGAAUUGCAUAGUUUACUGAUAAAUAAGCUCAAACUUAAAGGUAUGAAUGCUGUUUUUGGUUUAAAAGUUCAAGUUGAUAUUGGGGAACGUGUUGUGAUGGGGGUAGCUGUUGGUACUGCCGUUUUUUUAACAGCGUUACCCAGUCCGUCGAUUCCACAAGUCGCUUUGGGUAAUUCUUGGCACAAGGAGGAGCAAGUUGCCGAAAUACAGAAGGCUUUGAUUGAAACAGUUAAAAAAAAUCGCGAACUUUAUCGUCUUAAGCCAUUGAUUGAAUUAGAAAAUGGACGAUCAAUGGGAACAUCAGAUACUGAUGACUCGGAAGAAGAUUUACCCGAUUUUGAUCUGGGUACUAAAGAUGCGUGCAUUCUUGAAAUAGACGACGUAGAAGAUAUGGAUAGAAUUAAUUUAUUAAUGGAUGAUAGUACUCCAGAAGGUUUUCACGUGGUUAAUACGCAGACCAUUCCGGGGCUUGAAGAUUUAGAAAUAGUGAGAAAUUUACAGAUGUUUACACAAAUCUCACGAACUAAAAUCCCAAAUGCAAUGCCGAUACCCAUGCUAUCGAAGUACUUGAAUAAAAUUCUUCAAACAAUAUACUUUAAAUUACGGCGUAUGGUUCCUUGUGCUCUCUGUGAUAUGCAAUUCAAAGUUUCGCUCCCUGAACCAGACGAGGUGCAGGUUUCAGUCGUCGGAAUGGCUUUGGGCCUCGGCGAUCCAAUUAGAAUAAAUAAAUACAAGCGUAAAGUCAUCAACAGCUCAACUAGUCGUGAUUUAUUGACAAAAAAUGAUGAUUUGAUUUUUAAUCUCGAUGAAGAUCAAGCGGAGAGUACAAUAUCUGAAAUAAGCAACAAUCAAUUAACGCCAAUACCAGUUUCAUCGCCAGUAGCCUCACAAGCACCUAAAUCGAGACCUAGAUCGCCGUUCAAGGUGAAAAUUCCCAGCCAACACCGGCAUAAACAUGUUCCUUUGAAAGAAAGAUACGGUGUAGAUAUAACGCCUUUGUCUUAUCUCCCGAGCGGGAGGAUUGAACGUUACUUAGGAAAUUUAAACUUCUUCUUCAUCAGAGAAAGUACGUCAAUCAGAGAGAACGGCGGACUAAGUGGAUUCACUCACAGCUUUAUUACCGAAGUUUUGGCCAUUGUUCGCGCUCAUAUUACGGCAUUGGGCGGCAAUGCUAUGGUUGCUUUUUUUCUGACGCAGUGUGUACUUCUCCACAGCCCACACAAGAAUCAAGGAUUUAAAUCGUUAUCUCUAGCUCGUUAUAUUCUAGGGGCAAUGUUUAAUCAACGUGGGUGGAGAUGUUGUAUCAGUUUCAUACUUUGGCGACGAAAAACACAACCAGAAUUGCUGACAACACCCACCUUACUCCGCACCGCCGUAAGUUUAUGA